ACGGAAGCGUUUUGGACAGGGUCUCCGCCAGGAGGCAAGAGCCCAGCGCUGAGAUGUGUUACGUUCUCAUCUACCCAUCAAUUAUGGAUGGAAACAAAUAAGGAAGAGUCAAUUUUGCAUGAGCCCCUUCUCCGGCGGCGAGAGGCGUCCUGCAGCCGGGAGGGAGCCGCCGCUCGCGUCGGCAGCCGCUGGCUGGGGGAUGGUGAGGAGGAAGGUAGCUAAGUGGGAUUUCUGAGGAGGGGCUGCUCUGACUUCAUCUUGGCCCACCAUGAGGUUCUUCCUGCUUUGUGCCUACAUGCUGCUCCUGAUGAUUUCCCAGCUGAGGGCAGUCAGCUUUCCUGAAGAUGAUGAACCCCUCAAUACAGUUGAUUAUCACUAUUCAAGGCAAUAUCCGGUUUUUAGAGGACGCCCUUCAGGCAAUGAAUCCCAGCACAGGCUGGACUUUCAGCUGAUGUUGAAAAUUCGAGACACACUUUAUAUUGCUGGCAGGGAUCAAGUUUAUACAGUAAACUUGAAUGAAAUCCCCAAAACAGAAGUAAUACCGAGCAAGAAACUGACAUGGCGGUCAAGACAACAGGACCGAGAAAACUGUGCCAUGAAAGGCAAACAUAAAGAUGAAUGCCACAACUUUAUUAAAGUAUUUGUUCCAAGAAACGAUGAGAUGGUUUUUGUAUGUGGUACCAAUGCAUUUAAUCCCAUGUGUAGAUACUAUAGGUUGAAUACCUUAGAGUAUGACGGGGAGGAAAUUAGUGGCCUGGCAAGAUGCCCAUUUGAUGCCAGACAAACCAAUGUUGCCCUUUUUGCUGAUGGGAAGCUGUAUUCUGCCACAGUGGCUGACUUCUUGGCCAGCGAUGCUGUUAUUUAUCGAAGCAUGGGUGAUGGAUCUGCCCUUCGUACAAUAAAAUAUGAUUCCAAAUGGAUAAAAGAGCCACAUUUUCUUCAUGCCAUAGAAUAUGGAAACUUUGUCUAUUUCUUCUUUCGAGAAAUUGCUGUGGAACAUAAUAAUUUAGGCAAGGCUGUGUAUUCCCGUGUGGCCCGCAUCUGUAAAAAUGACAUGGGUGGCUCCCAGCGGGUCCUGGAGAAACACUGGACUUCAUUUCUGAAGGCUCGGCUUAACUGCUCUGUCCCCGGAGAUUCGUUUUUCUACUUUGAUGUUCUGCAGUCUAUUACAGACAUCAUACAAAUCAAUGGCAUCCCCACUGUGGUCGGGGUGUUCACCACACAGCUCAACAGCAUUCCUGGGUCUGCAGUGUGUGCAUUUAGCAUGGAUGACAUUGAAAAAGUAUUCAAAGGACGGUUUAAAGAACAGAAAACCCCAGAUUCUGUGUGGACAGCAGUCCCCGAAGACAAAGUACCGAAGCCAAGGCCUGGCUGUUGUGCAAAGCAUGGCCUUGCCGAAGCUUAUAAAACCUCCAUCGAUUUCCCUGAUGAAACCCUGUCGUUCAUCAAAUCCCACCCGCUAAUGGACUCUGCCGUCCCACCCAUUGCCGAGGAGCCCUGGUUCACAAAGACCCGGAUCAGGUACAGACUGACGGCCAUCGCCGUCGACCACACUGCUGGGCCCCACCAGAACUACACAGUCCUCUUUGUUGGCUCUGAAGCUGGCGUGGUGCUUAAAGUUUUGGCAAAGACCAGUCCUUUCUCUUUGAAUGACAGUGUAUUGCUGGAAGAGAUUGAAGCAUACAACCAUGCAAAGUGUAAUGCUGAGAAUGAGGAGGACAGAAAGGUCAUCUCAUUACAGUUGGAUAAAGACCAUCACGCUGUGUAUGUGGCAUUCUCCAGCUGCGUUAUUCGCCUCCCCCUCAGUCGCUGUGAGCGUUACGGAUCCUGUAAAAAGUCUUGUGUUGCAUCUCGGGACCCGUACUGUGGCUGGUUAAGCCAGGGCACCUGUGGCAGAGUGACCCCAGGGAUGCUGCUGUUAACCGAAGACUUCUUUGCUUUCCAUAACCACAGCGCUGGAGGAUACGAACAAGACACAGAAUACGGCAACACGGCCCACCUAGGGGACUGCCAUGAAAUUUUGCCUACUUCAACUACACCAGAUUACAAAAUAUUUGGCGGUCCAACAUCUGACAUGGAGGUAUCUUCAUCAUCUGUUACCACAAUGGCAAGUAUCCCAGAAAUUACACCUAAAGUGAUUGAUACCUGGAGACCUAAACUGACGAGCUCCCGGAAAUUUGUAGUUCAAGAUGACCCAAACACUUCUGAUUUUACUGAUCCUUUAUCAGGUAUCCCAAAGGGUGUGCGAUGGGAGGUCCAGUCGGGAGAGUCCAACCAGAUGGUCCACAUGAAUGUCCUCAUCACCUGUGUCUUUGCCGCUUUUGUUUUGGGUGCGUUCAUUGCAGGUGUGGCAGUAUACUGCUAUCGUGACCUGUUUGUUCGGAAAAACAGAAAGAUUCAUAAAGAUGCAGAAUCUGCCCAGUCGUGCACAGACUCCAGUGGAAGUUUUGCCAAACUGAAUGGUCUCUUUGACAGCCCGGUCAAGGAAUAUCAACAGAAUAUCGAUUCUCCCAAAUUGUACAGUAACCUGCUGACCAGUCGGAAAGAGUUGCCUCCCAACGGAGAUACUAAAUCCAUGGUGAUGGACCAUCGGGGCCAACCUCCCGAACUGGCUGCUCUCCCCACGCCUGAGUCUACACCUGUGCUUCACCAGAAGACCCUGCAGGCCAUGAAGAGCCACUCAGACAAGGCCCAUGGCCAUGGGGCUUCAAGGAAAGAAACCCCACAGUUUUUCCCUUCUAGUCCACCACCCCAUUCCCCAUUAAGUCACGGGCAUAUCCCCAGUGCCAUUGUUCUUCCUAAUGCUACUCAUGACUACAACACGUCUUUCUCAAACUCCAAUGCUCACAAAGCUGAAAAGAAGCUUCAAAACAUUGACCACCCACUUACCAAGUCAUCCAGUAAAAGAGAUCACCGGCGUUCUGUGGAUUCCAGAAAUACCCUCAAUGAUCUCCUGAAGCAUCUAAGUGACCCAAACAGCAACCCCAAAGCCAUCAUGGGAGAUAUCCAGAUGGCCCACCAGACCCUAAUGCUGGAUCCUGUGGGACCUAUGUCUGAGGUCCCACCCAAGGUCCCUAACCGGGAGGCAUCACUAUACUCUCCUCCUUCAACUCUCCCCAGAAACAGCCCAACCAAGCGAGUGGACGUCCCCACCACUCCUGGAGUCCCAAUGACGUCUCUGGAAAGACAAAGGGGUUAUCACAAAAAUUCCUCGCAGAGGCACUCUAUAUCUGCAAUGCCUAAAAACUUAAACUCACCAAAUGGUGUUUUGUUGUCUAGACAGCCUAGUAUGAACCGUGGAGGGUACAUGCCCACCCCCACUGGGGCUAAGGUGGACUAUAUUCAGGGCACGCCAGUGAGUGUUCAUCUGCAGCCUUCCCUCUCCAGACAGAGCAGCUAUAUAAGUAAUGGCACCCUUCCUAGGACGGGACUAAAGAGGACACCGUCCUUAAAACCUGAUGUGCCACCAAAGCCUUCAUUUGUUCCUCAAACCACGUCUGUCAGACCACUGAACAAAUACACUUACUAGGCCUCAAGUGUGCUAUUCUCCGUGUGGCUUUAUCCUGUCCAUGUUGUUGAGAGGAUGAUGUUGUAAGGGUACCUUAAGAUAAGAGACUCCCUUGUAUUUUAAGAGAACCAAGUGGCCAAAGAAACUCUUUCUAACUUUGGCAACAUCAGAACUUGCCACAUGUAGCUACAACAGCAAAGCUUCUGUGUACUUGCCCGAAAACAAAGGAAGGUGCUGGU